AUGCCCUUUGACCCGCUGGCCCGGGGACACGUCCCUGCUGGAGAAAGGCAAUGGGAACACCGCCAUGGCGGCCGGCUACCUCCGGAGCUACCCCCAAACUCUCACCUGAACGGCUACAGCCAGCUUGGUAAGAAAAAGCGGAUGAGAAGCUUUUAUUGGAAAACCAUUCCAGAAGAGCAAGUUCGGGGCAAAACCAACAUCUGGACCUUGGCAGCCAGCCAGCAGCAUCACUACCAGAUCGACACCAAGACGGUCGAAGAGCUGUUUGGGCAGCAGGAAGAUGCCACCAAGGCUUCCCCUUCCAGGAGGGGAGGCUCUUUAAAUUCGUCCUCCAGGGAGGCCAGAGAAGAGAUUACUCUCUUGGAUGCGAAGCGGAGCAUGAACAUUGGGAUAUUUCUUAAGCAGUUUAAGAAGUCUCCUCCGUCCAUCGUGGAAGAUAUCCAUCAAGGAAAGAGCGAACACUAUGGAUCAGAGACAUUGCGAGAAUUUCUUAAGCUUUUGCCAGAGUCAGAGGAGAUAAAGAAACUAAAGGCAUUCAGUGGAGACGUGGCCAAGCUGUCCCUGGCAGACUCGUUUCUGCACUGCUUAAUCCAGGUGCCAAACUAUUCCCUGCGGAUUGAAGCCAUGGUGCUAAAGAAGGAAUUUCUGCCUUCUUGUUCUUCUCUAUACACAGAUAUGACGAUUCUAAGGAACGCUACAAAAGAGCUGAUGUCCUGUGAGGAAUUACAUUCCAUAUUACACUUGGUGCUACAAGCAGGGAAUAUCAUGAAUGCUGGAGGGUAUGCUGGCAAUGCAGUAGGAUUUAAACUGUCUUCUUUGCUCAGAUUGGCAGACACAAAAGCAAACAAACCUGGGAUGAAUCUCCUGCACUUUGUUGCACAGGAAGCCCAAAAGAAAGAUGCUAUGCUUCUAAAUUUUUCUGAAAAAUUGCUUCAUGUUCAGGAGGCUGCCAGAUUAUCUCUGGACAACACGGAGGUGGAGCUGCACUCGCUCUUUGUCAGGACGAAGACUCUCAAGGAGAACAUCCAGCGGGAUCGAGAGCUGUGUCAGCAGAUGGAAGAUUUCCUUCAGUUUGCCCUGGAAAAGCUGGCCGAGCUGGAGCGGCGGAAGCGAGAGCUCCAGGUCGAGGCCCACACCCUCAUCGACUUCUUCUGCGAAGACAAGGACACCGUGAAGCUAGACGAGUGCCUGCAGAUAUUCAGGGACUUCUGCGUCAGGUUCAACAGAGCGGUGAAGGACAACCACGAACGCCAGGUGCAGGAGCUGAGGCAGCGGCAGCGGCUCAAGGAGCUGGAGCAGAAGCGGCGAUCCUGGACGGCGGGGGAGUUUGGAUUCGGCCGGAGCAGCAGUGAGAACGAUGUGGAGCUGUUGACCAAGCGGGGCGCGGAGGAUCUGCCCCCGUUUCUCUGCUGCAGGCCCCCCACCACCCGCCGCUCCCGCCUCUCCCUGGACACCAUGGCUGACCGGGAGCUGCUGAACUUCCUGGAGAGCUCCAUGGGCAGUCCCGAGAAACUCAAGCCCAGCAACUCAUCCCAGGGCUGCCUCUGGCAGGUCCCGCCCGACGGAGCCUGCAGGGAACCUGGAGAACCGAGGGGCCAGGACUCCAGCCUAGCGCACAGACCUCGGGUCUUGGAGGGCCAGGAGGAAGCCCCCCACCCCACCACGGCUUGGCCGAGCUGGCUCCCUGCAGCCCACCCUGAGGAUCCCACCUGCGCUCUGCGCCGCCCUCGGCGCAGUGGGGUCAACACCCUCCGAAAGAGGAGCAGUGCGCCGGUGGGCAUGGAUCCUGUGAGGUCCUCACCCCCACUCUCACCGUUGGCUCUAGGGAUUAGGGAGCAUGAGCUGGUGACCGGGCUGGCCCAGUUCGACCUCCAGGCUCCCAAGGGCCCGGAGGAGCUGGCCGGGCUGACUGGGAAUGACUGCAGCCCAAUGGAGCUGGUAUCCGUGAGGGGUGAGAGCCCACAGUCCCUGGGCGCCCCCAAUAGCAGCCCGACGCCUGUGGGCAGAGGUGCCCAAGUGGGUCCCGGCCAGGAACCUGUCCCCCAGGAUGGCGGUGCUGCCCCUUAUGAGCCCAGAGGCACAGCUGCACUCUCUGAGGGGAGCAGCGACCCUGAGCGCCAAGAUCCUGGGCCUCUGUUCUGCAUCUCCGACACCAACGACUGCUCGCUGACCCUGGACUGCUCUGAGGGAGCCAACUCCAGACCCUUAGAGGGGGACCCGGUUCCCUGGCCUCAGGGUUCCACCUGCCCAUGCUGUGCAUUGCUGGCAACUGGACUUCCGCCACAAAGCCUUUGGGUGUCCUGUGGUUGGCACCAUCUUCCUGAAGACUGUUCCUUGCUCAUCUCCACCUGCUACCUUUGGUGAGGUGAACAGGAGGGAAAGUGAAACUGGUGGACAGAAAUCUGGUGCUCCCCGUGUGUUGGGACUGUGGGGCAAGCCAUCCCUGUAGAUGGGUGGCCACCCCUGGGAGAAUGCUGGAGCUUCCAGAAUUUAAAGGUGCCAUAUUUUGAUGGAAGGUAGUCAGGACUGUUCAGCUGAGCACAUCUUUCCCGUUCUGUUUUCUCAUUUGAGUAUUUGUUGUAAAACUGAGUGAAGGCUGCUAUGACUUGUGUUCACUCUAGUUCCUCUAGGGAGGAAUAAACCCAGACUUUCUCCUUUGCUAAUGUGACCUGGAGCCUGGAGAGAAAGAUUCACUUUCUCUCUCCAUGAUAUUUUUAAAUGUUGAUGUCUGUUCUUUGGUACAGUGGUUUUAAAUCCUGAGAAAAACCAGGUCAAGUUUUAAAAACCAGACCAAAAUUGAAAUUGCUUUAAGAAGACUUUAUACUAUCAGGAAAAUUUUGAAGAAAAAAAAAGUAAGGCUUCAUUCAAAAGAGAAAAACAUACUACUCGGUUCCAAUUUCACUGUUUCCGUCCCAACUAGCUAAUUGGGAAGUGGGGGAAUUCUUGAAACAUUUUUGUUAUUUAAAAACUGCCCUUUCUCCCAUUUUUUCACUUUUGAUCACUAAUUAGUGAAACUUUGUUUUAGAUCUGACAGCGGGAGGUGGGUUUUGGCAAAUAUAGUAAUGUAUUCCUGGUGAAUCCAUACGGUUGAUGUUACAGUCUCCCUGCUGUAGAAUGUUGCCUUCCGUCCAAAUCGAUUAGAAACUCUGAGCUUCCAUGAGUCAGCUAAACUGAAAAGGAAAACAAGGCACCUGACCACAAAACCUUUUGUAAAAAUAGCCCAGAGUAGUAUUUCCAGGGCUCCACAAAGAUGGUUGUGAGAAUCCUGAGCCAUUUUUCGUCAUCUCAAAAGCCUUUAAAAAAAAUCAUGUAUUUAACCAUGCAGACAAACCUGUGUGAAACCUAGGGCCUGUGAAAGAGGUCAAAAUUUGUGCGUUUGUGGGUAGUGUCAGGGUUGUGGCCCCUUGGGGAACCCUGGAAAGCAGGGUCCAAAUCCCUGUUCCCUCACUGAUGCAGUGAGGCUUUGGCAAGUCACUCCCUCUCCUUAAGCCUCUGUUUCCCAGCCUGCAUAAGUGGGGGUAUGGCCUCUGCUGUGGUCUUCAAGGGUUCUGCCAACUCCCAGAGUUCAAGUCAUCGUGAACAGCCAAGAACCCAUCUCUGCCCUGGGAUCAGCUUCUAGAACUAAACUCCGGCAUUUCCACAGUGGAGGUCUCACAUAAAGCCUCGCUCAGAAGAAAGCACCUUCAGAAUGAGUUGUUGCUUUGAAAUCUAUUAAGCUGAGUUUCCUGAGAAGUGGUGUUUUGCUUAGCCCUGUGGACCACUUGUAUGCAUCUGUGUGAGCAGGUGAUCAUUCUAUUACCUUUUAUUGGUAGUAAGCUUGGAAAAAUAAUUUAAAUAUAUAAUGCAGAAAUGUAAAUAGUUUUAUAUAUAAAUUUUAAGAUGAACUGAAUGUAUUUAAAGGUCCAUUUAUAUGUUUGUUCUUUUAUGUAAUGUGUAGUUUAAUAAAGUUCAUGUUUAUGAGA